AGUAGAUGAAAACCUGGAAACAAUAUGUAGUCUGUAUAUAUAAUAGAUUGUGUCUUAUUGCAAUCAGUGUAUAACAAGAAUGGGUGGUGGGGAAGGGGAAGGGAAGGUUGUGUGCGUGACAGGAGGAUCUGGUUACAUAGCUUCAUGGCUGGUCAAAUUCUUACUCCAACGGGACUAUACUGUCAAAGCCACUGUCCGAGAUACAAACGAUUCAAAGAAAACAGAGCACUUGUUAGCACUUGAAGGAGCAAAAGAAAGACUUCACCUUUUUCAAGCAGAUUUAAUUGAAGAAGGAGUUUUUGAUUCUGUGGUUGAAGGGUGUGAAGGCGUUUUCCAUACUGCUUCGCCUGUCAAUUUUUCUCCUACAGACCCACAGGUGGAGGUGAUUGAGCCUGCACUGAAGGGAACAAUCAAUCUACUCAAGUCAUGUGCAAAAGUCCCUUCUGUAAAGAGGGUAGUUUUAACAUCUUCUAUUGCAGCAGUUAUUUACAAUGGAAAACCUCUAGCCCCUGGCGUCGUCGUUGAUGAGACUUGGUAUUCGGAUCCUACAUUUUGUGAGACAUCAAAGAUUUGGUAUAUGCUUUCCAAAACUUUAGCCGAGGAGGCUGCAUGGAGAUUUGCAAAACAGAAUGGAAUCGACAUGGUUUCGUUAAAUCCAGGGGUUGUGAUUGGGCCUCUACUACAGCCAGCCAUUAAUUUAACCGUGGAGGAUUUCCUGAACCUGAUAAAUGGAGCACAAACACUUUCAAGUGAUAGUUAUCCAUACGUUGACGUCAGAGAUGUUGCAUUCGCACAUAUUCAAGCGUUUGAGAACCCUAUAGCCAGCGGAAGAUGUUGUUUAGUUGAAAGAGUAAUAAACUGUUCUGAGGUUCUGAAGAUUUUGCAUGAACUUUACCCGAGUUUGCCCCUUCCUGCAAUACACACCGACGACAAAUCUUGUGUACCACCAUAUCAAGUCUCGAAGGAGAAAGCAAAGAGUUGGGGCAUCAACUUUACACCACUUGAAGUGACAAUUAGGGACACUGUGGAAAGCUUGAAGGAGAAGGGAUUUCUCAAUGUUAAACAAGAAUCAUCAUCGACAAGCGAUGAAAAUAAAGUUCAAUUGUUGUAGCUACCGCGCUGGAACCGGUUGUUCCAUUGCUUCUUUCAGAGUCUCCUCGUUGGAUUGUGCUCCAGGUUAUGCAUUCUCCAUGUACUGCUUUGAAACAUAUCAA